AUGUACAGGCGAUCCCGACUGGUCGGCCUUUUGUUGGCGUUGAUGUUUUGUGUUUUUGCGUUUCUUACACUCUUGCAUACCGUUUGCUUCGCAAAUGAGAAGAAUGUCUUAGUUCAUGUCCACACACUGUUCCGUCAUGGCGAUCGAACCUCAGUUACGCCGUAUCUUUUUGAUGGAUAUGAUCCCUUUAAGGUAUGGCCCGACGGACUAGGCCAACUGACUCAAGAGGGCAUCGAACAGCUAUUCCUUUUGGGAAAGUGGCUGAGAAACAAAUAUAGCUCCUUUAUCGACCGCAACUACAAUGUCUCUACUUUUCGCAUGCGUAGUUCAGACUUGGACCGUUCUUUGAUGUCGGCAGAAGCGAUGAUGGCUGGCUUUUUCCACCGAUCAAAUUCUUCACUCAGUAAAUAUGGACUGCAUUGGCGCCCUAUUCCAACUCACACAGUGCCAACAACAACAGACACAUUAUUAUCAUUUCAACCAUGCCCGCGCAUGGCUCAACGGAGGGAGGAGUUGCUUCAAUCAAAGGAGGGUAUUGAUUUAUUUAAGCAGCAUAAAAAGACAAUUGACCAUGUGGGGACUUCCUAUGGAAUUAAAAACAUCACUUUGAUUGAUAUAUGGGGAAUCGCUGAUGACCUCUUCUGCCUACGAUCACACAAUGCCUCUCUCCCGAAAUGGUGCACGCAAGACGUGUUCCAAGAACUAGACACGAUAACAAACAAACUUUUUAGGUUGCUCUAUACUGAUCAGGAGAUCCUCAAACUAGCCGUAGGCGUAUUUCUGAAGGAUACGUUUGACCGGAUGGACGAGUACAUUCACAAAAACACAUCUGAAUUCUCUUCAUUGGAGAGCUUUCUUGCUUACUCUGCGCACGAUACGAAUGUCGCACCACUGCUCAACGCACUAGGCGCCUAUGCUGACUGGGACAGGCCACAAUAUGCCGCUCUCAUCGCAAUGGAACUCUUGGCUCCCCGAACCGAUGCCCUUCCUAACGGUGGUCAUCUAUUGCGACUGUAUUACAAGCGUGGGUGGAAAGACGAGACAGGCUCAUACGUGCCAUUCAAUGCGUGUCGCGACCGUGAAGCGAAGGAAGGCUGCGCUUUCGCACUGGUGCGCGAAUCGAUAGCGUCGUUAUUGCUGUCAACUGAGGAGAUUGAAGAGGCUUGUAAGGCAGAGUGGCUGCCCUCAAGAUAUCGGCUGAUUGUGGCGAUCACUCUUUCUACAUUCCUUGCCAUACUUUUCUUUACUCUUGGGGCCGUCCACUGCGUGGUCUGGAGGCAGCGCUGCUGGCAGCGUAAUCAACGAGGAAAUAACUUUGGAGGUGCUAGCCAGUUGCCCUAUUCACCACUUGUUUCGUCGCCCCCCACUGCAUAA